GCUUGCUGGGGAAAGCCAGGCUUCUGCACGAACACCCAACUAUCGACAUACAAAAUUGAUAUUUUCUGUGAAACAAUGGCUGCCACGAGCCAGUAUAUUAUGGAUACUUUACUGGCAUGCUACGGGACCGUUACCUAAUGGUUUGGAUAACAAGAACCACACCUUAAUAUCAAUGAAGAUUAUAACAUUCCAUGUCGGUUCCAAACUUCCCAGUACAGAAGGGGCAAUUACAGAGCUCUGACCGGGUCACAUGGAACACGGCCGAUAGCCUUGGAAGAGGGGCGACAGCAGUUGUCUACCUUGGCCGUGAAAAGACAAAUGGCAAUGUUGUGGCUGUUAAGGUUUUUCAUGAGCAUGUUUCAAUGGUUGCGGGAGAGCUUGACCUCCUCCGAAGGCUCAAGCAUGAAAACAUCAUCCCCCUGCUCUACGUUGAACAUGAGCUCAGCACAAGACGGGUUGUACUUGUCAUGCAGUACUGUGAAGGAGGAAGCUUGUAUCACAUGCUCGACCAGCCACAGUAUGUCCACGGAUUACCAGAAGAAGAAUACCUCCUUGUUCUCAAACAUGUCGCAAGUGGCAUGGAAUAUCUCCGACAACGAGGCAUCAUACAUCGCGACCUCAAACCAGGGAACAUUAUGCGCUAUAUUACUGAAGAGGGCAGCUCCAUCUACAAGUUGACAGAUUUUGGGGCAGCUCGAGAACUCCAUGAAGAAGAAAAUUUCACAAGUCUCUAUGGAACCGAGGAAUAUCUCCAUCCUGGCAUGUAUGAAAGGGCUGUGCUGCGACUACCAACUGGACAAAGAUUUGAUGCUACAGUUGACCUGUGGAGUCUUGGGGUCACAUUUUACCAUGUGGCCACUGGGGAUCUCCCGUUUAAGCCAUAUGGUGGCCGCAGCAACAGAACUAAAAUGUUUGAAAUUGUUUCUCAAAAAGCCAGUGGAGUUAUUUCUGGUGUUCAAAACUUUGAUCAAGGCCCUAUCAACUGGAGUUACGAGCUGCCCCCGACGAGCCCACUGUCAAGUGGAUUGAAAAAACUCGUCGUUCCCCUUCUAGCUGGUCUGAUGGAAACGGAUGAUGCUAGAGUCAUAUCCUAUGAUGCCUUUUUCAAUGCAGUUCAUAGAAUUAGUAACAAACUCACCUUCUCCAUAUUUCAUACUUCAUCAUGUACUCACCUCAAACUAUACCUGGACAAGACUGACAGCUAUUCAACACUGAGAGAGCAUAUAGCUUCCCUCACAGAGAUCCCUGCAACAGAGCAGCUGUUGUUACUGAAUGGGAAGCUCCUGGAAGAGAUCAUCGACCCUACAGCCAACAUGGACUCAUACCCCCUCCAUGUUUUACAAGCUACAAUAUUCCUUUACCAUUGUGACAUGAAAUCUCAGGAAAAAGAAAAACUGCACCACCCUAUCAUACCACAGGUCGCUGAUUUUGCCAAUUUCAUUGAAAUGGAGAAAGACAUGCGUCUUGCACACAGCUGCUGUGCAAGAGCCCAUCUCAUCAAGCGGUACACGACAGAGACUGUGCAGACACAGGAGAUGCUAGUAGAAGCUGAGCUGUGCCUCAGACUAUACCUCCAGUUCAGAUUAAAAUGUUCUGGAGAAAGGUUCCUGACAAUGUCUCAGCUUCUAUCCGAGUCAAAGAAGAGGUUUGAGACUUUCUACUCCAUGCUGGAAAUGAUCAGGAUGCUUCUGAAUGUGAUGAAGUACCCAGGCACAGCGCUGGAUGAUCUCCUCAAAGACAGGACACUGCUCACAGUGCAUGCCAAGGCAGAAGAGCGGACUUUAGAGAUAGUCAACUAUCGCACAGCACUGGUAGAGAGGCUUGAUCAGGAUGAGGUUCGCAUGAAGAAGUGGUGCGCCAGAUGCAAGGAUACAGACUGCCUAUCAAAGAUCAGCCACCUUGUCUCCGUGAUAGCCAGUAUACAGAGUCGUUUCCGCCGUGACAGGAAUGUGAAGGAUCAGAUGACACAACACGAUCAACAGAUACACAUAUUUGAACGGCAAAAACUGCAACAUCAGAGUGUUGCAAUUUCGUCCAUCUUGCAGGAUCACUGCUACAGAAAUCUGGACAUCAUGUACACAGAUUCCAUGAAGUUCUAUGCGGCCCUUUCAAAGAACCUGAACCGCAUCUCAAAGAUUGAGAAAAAUAUUGAAAGUGUAAUUGAUUGCCAACAACUCUUGAGCACAAAACUUGACAAAACUGAAGCCAAAUGCGGAGAGAUUUUUGAGAAAGUGCAGACGUGGGUGACAAAUGGAGAUCAGUUCACAUACAGCCGGCUGCAGCCAACAGCCCCAGCUGAGUCAGUGCCUGAGUUGAAUGUGACCGUCAGUGGUCAGUCCAAAAGCAGAGAUGAAGGCUAUGGCGGGAGUCGUAGUGCAGGAGUCGCCUACAAUGCAUUGCAAGGCGCAGCAGUUCAAAGUAGCCUGUUGACCAGCACGAGUGACAUUUCUUCAGAGAUUCGUUCUCUGAUGCAAGAAAGCAGACAGAUUGCUGGUUGGGUGGAAGAAAACACAGAAUUGAUCAAGCAAAUGGAAGAAUGUGCACUUCAUAGUUCUGGAUCACUCUCAAGAAAUCUCACUCCCGAAGGAAUUCAGAAUUGAAUGUCAGACAGAUUCAGAGGAAUAAUGUUCUAAAAUAUGGAAAUAAAUAAUAUUCAGUAAAUAAAUCUAAACUGUUACCCCUAUAAAGGUUAUCGAUUUGGAGCAAUAAGAGCCAUAAGUCUACUUCAUACUUUUCGAGUACCAUCCAAACUAAAGGCUGAAUACCAGUUGCUGCUUGGAUUUACAUAUUAGAAUAUUAUCUGAUAGCCCCUUUCCUUGUUCAGAAGAAAAGCUGUCUAAAGAAUCUAUGACUUCAAUUUUGAAUUCUGAGUGACCUUUUCAUAAGGAGUACCUUCCAUGAAGGAAGUGCUGAAGACUUGAAACUGUAAGGCAGCAUACACAUGGCAGGAUGUCAAGACAUGUCAAAAGCAGCCCUUCUCUUUGAACUAUUUGCCAAAGGGGUUGCACUUAACAUUUCAAAACAAUUACAGCCUGACUUCUGAAAGGCUGAAUUCAGAUAGUCGUCUUCUAAAAUCUUCUCUGGAUGUCAUUGCUAUGACUAUACAAGAGAAAUGACAACAGACCUCACUCUUGUUUGAUAUGAACACCACCAAAUAUUAUCAAGAGAUUCUUUAAGAAAGGGCAACAAAGUGACUCUGAUCCAGGAUCAGCUCUUAAGCUCAGCUCAGUUUUGAUUUACUUGAAGAAAGGUAUUUCAACCAAUACUGGUACCAACUCACCAAUUGAGCGUUGUCAACAAAGCUCAAUAUUCUGUCACCACGAUUCCUGAAUGAAGGGCUUUCGCCCAACAAUACUG